AUGACCACAGCCAAACGUCGAAAGGGCAUUUCUCGCAAGGUCCAUAUCACGGGAUUCACGUAUAAUGGACAAUAUCGCAAUGAUAUUCUUGGACAACGGGCAGUAGCACACGAGCGGACAUCGAUAUCUCUGCGUUCACCAUCUGAAUAUGACUUUUACAUUCCAGUUGUGGACAUAUUCACACUCGACACCGAAGUUUUGAUCCCACGUGAUGCGGACAGCCCGUCUCCCACUACAGCACUCGUUCGUGCCGGAUACCUGGGUCAUGUGCCACAUGCACCAUCUCUUGCAUUUUCACUGCAUACUUUAGAACACUUCCGACUUCUACGAGCCCGCAAGCCCUCAUUCAGUAUCGAGGCAUUUGGAAAAGUAUUGUGCGAUUCGUACAAGAUACCUUAUCGACGACGCUAUCGUACAUGCUUGUCGGGGGCAUUUGAUACCUACCUAGCCAUUCUCCGUGGUGUUGACAGGAAGAUCAACGAAACUCUUGGCCGUGAUGCUCCCAACUGGCGUGUUCUCAAUGCCUGCCCCCCUUGCACUUAUGAAUUGGAGGGAGAGCCCACUCUCACCUUUGGAUGGAUGUAUGUCCUUGAUGGUGGGAACUCAGCAAAACGAAUGGCAGAAGGUGCACGUAAUUGUGGCGAUAUGCGGCAGUAUACCGAGAGUGACUACAUUCUUCCCCGCACUUACGUUGACCAGUUUGCCAAUGAGGUGCAAUCACGAAAUACAGUGACACAAUCAGAAGUCGUCCUGGACUCACUGGAAGCUGAUGAAGAUGCCGAUGCAGACCCGUCAAGACACACCAUUGCAUCAGACUGCAGCAAGAACUGGAAGGCUGCUGCAAGCGAUGAAAAGAAGCGGAUGUGGAGCAUUUUUGAUGAAACAGGCAUCUUUGUCUCUGCCUGUCGCCAUGGCCUUGUUUUGUGGGUAGCAGAUAUGGUUCGCAGUGGAGAACUGGCCAAGUACCCCCUCGCAAUUAUAUCUAAGGUUCUCGAGCUCCUCGGCGAGCGCUCUCUUGCUGCCUAUGACAUUGGCUGUGGGUUCGCAUCAACAAUCCGUGCCAGCAGCCUUGGAAAAGCAUUCGAGCAGCAAGGCUGCCGUAUCUGCGUUGAUGCGUUCCAUGGUUACGCACACAACUACGCAUGUCAAACCAAGAAUCAUCCGAAUGGCAUUCAAGGCGCAGGCAUCGAGGACUUCGGAGCCAUCGAACACUUCUUCAGUGCAUCUAACGCACUCGCUCCUGUCAUCCGCUAUGCAACUGCCUACCGUCGUUCUGUCUUUCUCGAUCUCUUCUUCAAACAAUGGGACGACGACAAAUACCUGAACCUUGCCACAAUGAUCUACCACAACUACAAGCAAUCUAUUAACAUUAUAGCAUCGGAGUCUCUUGCCCUCGAUGGUGCCAAGGCAUCGCUUGGCAUCCAGGAUGGUGAUCUGGAGGCUUGGCGUCAAGAAGAGAUUGAAUAUAUUGCUGGUCUUGGCAAGGAGACCACGUGGGAUAUCCACGCUAUGGCAUAUGUCGAGCUUCUUCAUAAUUAUGUAGAUGUCUUCUUUGUUAUUUGUUUUCUAUCUACGAUGCCAUCCGAUUAUCAAUUUUUGUCCCCCUCACAGGACAUGUCAUAUUCCGCCAAUGUGUCAGCUACGAGAAAACUUGAAACUCAACGUAGGUACCACUCCGAACGCCUCGACACACUUCAACAUGAGGUAGUCGCCUUGGAGGUCAAGAUGGGUAUCACUCACCGGUGGCAGCCAACCUCACCAGAGUAUCAAGAAACCAUGAAAUAUAUGGCGAUGCACACCUAUCAGCGUGCCCUCGAUAACCUCCAGCGCCUAGUAGUGCAGCGUCUAUUUGAGUUGCAAAAGCUUAAUAUCUCUCAGACAGGUAAGUGUUUUACGCGUUGUCACGCCAUUCAAACUGCCAUCAAGAAAUACAAUGAGGCAGCAUCACAGCUCCACCCACCGCGUCCGCCGCUUGAAUGGUCCAAGGUGUCGCACUACAGUUUCCUCGAGGAGUUCAAUCUUCUCCGUGAGACACAGCAAGACAUCCGCGACAAGAUGUGGGCGAAACCAGCUAUUCGUGAGACGAUGCGGCAAUGGCUACGCAUACAGCGUGCGAAGGAAGAGAUUGAGAGGUGCAAUGUUGAAGUCCGGCGUUUGCAUACAUCUAUCGUGGACGAAGACCGGCACUUCACUCGUGUUCUUUCUUCACUUGAAGACUCACCUUUAUAUUUCGCUGUUCAAGAAUUCUGCACACACCGGCGGCUGGUCAACUCCCAGCUCCUUGACCGCAUCUUCCAGAUAUAUGCACUUCCCGGCUUUAGUGGGGUGGCCUCUCCAGGCUUAAGGAAGGGGCGAGUUGAUCUCGAUGGAGAGGGAGAUGGUGAUGACAUGCAGGAUAUCGGGACUUUAGUAGAAUACCUGUCGGAUCUUGCACUUACUCACUGA